CUAACACCUAAAAAAAAAAAAAAAAAAAAAAAUAAGACUAAACUGAAAAUAAGAGAAGACAUGCAGAGGAAAAACAUUGUACGUAGACUGCAAUUUUCUCAAAGUGAGCAUCUAUUAUGUAUCAAUUUCUUGGAAGGCGUUAAUGACCUCGGUCGAUGCCGCGGAAUGACUGCAAUUUCCAUGCAUUAUAAAUUACUUCUAUAGACAGACGGCACGAACAAAUUCAAGAGGAAACGAUAACAGUGGAAGUAAUAAAUCGUGGCGAGGUGUUGUCAGAUGAUUCCUCGAGUUUUCCGCACAGAAGUUCUUCAGUUAUCGAAGCGAGAUGGACGUGUUCUACCGGCAGUACAAUACUUAUCGUAUACUACUUAAUGUCUUAGGACUCUGGCCAUAUCACAAGUCGAUUUACUGUACGAUUCACAGAAUAUCGAUUUCUGUCAUUAUGCUUGCCUAUAUAGUUUUCGAGGUAACUAAAAUUCAUUAUUAUUAUGCUUCCAAUUUUUGUGCACUGCGACGUUUUAUUGAAAAUCUACUCGUUACAAAUUCGUGAGAAGGUAAAUAUGUUAUUGUAUUAAGACUAUACAACUAUGUGAUGUACUUCUUGACAUAAAGAAUUAAGAGAAUAUGUUUUUAGGUAUUAUCGCUUUUUAAAUCUGGUAUUACAUUUCGAGGUUGUAUCGUAACGUUAUCUACAAUCUGUCCAAUUACGGUCUUUUUCAUACGAUAUGUCACUUUCAUAGCAUUGUUUCCAGUGGUACGUGAUACUCUAUUGUGAACCCUAGUUCAACUUUAAUGAACUAAAGUUUAACUAUAGAGAUUGAUAUAUAUUUUUUUCAUCUGGGUAUAGACUAAAUAUAUUUUUGACAAUCUACGCACGAUAAACACCACGCUGAAAGAUCAACUUGAAGUUCAGAUACUGAUGAAAUACGUCGAUUAUUCGACAUAUAUAUUAUUCAUUUUCCUAUGUAAGAAAACAUUUUCAAUAUUCAUAGAAUUUGUUACUGUAAUCGCGAUUUCCUUUAUGUGAUUGGCUUUAUUAGAGAAAACGAUAAAUGCCGAAUCCUUUGCACAAAUUUUAUGUCAGGAAUACUGUUCCUGUAAGACGAUUAUAUGGUGAAUAUGUGUUAUUCAAAGGAGAAAAGUAAGGAACUACUUUCGUUAUCGCGGUUACGAGACUAACAUCAUUUGUUAGUAUAAAAAAAAAUCGGAUGCAAAGAUAUCAUGGUACCAUUAAACCAUCCUCUUCCCGUUUUAGGCUCAAGUUGCUCAUGGACUUUAUUAGCAGCGUCGUAUGUCUUCACUCCGAUAACAUUGGAUCUGCUAAUGCCUUUGAACGAAUCUCGAAGACGUUAUUUUUCCCUCUUAACAACGUUUUCUCACGACCGCAUAGAGUAUGUCGAUAUGGUAUGCGUGAAUAUACUAAUUGUUCAUACAAUUGGAUUGUUGUGUCUGGCGGGUACGGAACUGAUGUUGGCUGCGUUUGCCCACUGGAUGUGCGGAAUGUUCGAGAUAACUAGGCAGACGGCACGAACAAAUUUAAGAGGAAACGACAGCAGUGGAAAUAAUAAAUCGUGGCGAGGUGUUGUCGGAUGAUUCCUCCAGUUUUCCGCACAGAUGUUCUUCAGUUAUCGAAGCGACAUGGACGUGUUCUACCGGCAGUACAAUACUUAUCGUAUACUACUGAGUGUCUUAGGACUCUGGCCGUAUCACAAGUCGAUUUACUCAACGAUUCACAGAAUAUUGAUUUCUGCUAUUAUGCUCGCCUAUAUAGUUUUCCAGGUACUAUCGCUUUUUAAAGCUGGUAUUACAUUUCUUGGUUGUGUCGUAACGUUAUCCGCAACCUGUCCAAUUAUGGUCUUUUUCAUGCGAUAUGUCUCUUCCGUAGCAACUCUCCCAGUGAAUAUAUAUCUUUUUGACAAUCUGCGGAGAAUGGACACCAUGCUGAAAGAUGAACUUGAAGUUCAGAUACUGAUGAAACACGUCGACUAUUCGACUUACAUAAUCUCCAUUUUCCUAUGCAUAUGGUGCUCGUGGACCUUAUUCACAGCGUCGUAUGUUUUCGCCCCGAUAACGUUGGAUCUGCUACUGCCUUUGAACGAAUCUCGAAGACGUUAUUUUUCCCUCUUAACAAUGUUUUCGCACGAUCGGAUAGAGUAUGUCGAUAUAGUGUACGUGAAUAUCCUAGUUGUUUAUACAAUUGGAUUGUUGUGUCUGGCGGGUACGGAACUGAUGUUGGCUGUGUUUGCCCACUGGAUGUGCGGAAUGUUCGAGAUAACUAGGUAUGAAUGAAAAUGCUGACUUUUCCCCUUUUCAAAUGGUCAUUGCGUGCAACAGACACCUUACAACAUUUACAACGUUACAAUUGUCAUGAUGGUCGGAUAAAUAUACGAUAUGCAAAACAUUCAAACAAUGCCAUUUAAACGGAGAACGUGUUUCACAGCGGAUCGUUAAUAUUGCUGUCGUAGAAUUUCAGUAAAUUUAUUCAAUUACGAUUUACCUAACUCUCAUUCUCAGACUUUCCUAUUUUGCUCGUAUGUGCUGUAUGUUUCAGAUGAAAUUGUUUGUAUGUAUUCAUAUGGCCACAAUCUAUUUUCACUAAACUCAGCUUUAAAAUCAAUCGACCGAAGAGAAAUGGUUACCUGUGUGAUCAGUUAAUUCUAAUAAAUAUAUCUCAAUACAGUCAUUAAUACGAUAAUUCGCAGGCUGUUAGCUAAUUAGGGUUAAUUCAGACGAUACAAAGUGAAAUUCUUUGUUAAAUCAUAUUUGUCUAAAAAUUUGUGCACUUUUUUAGCUAUCGAUUGCGAAAAACAAUUGCGGAUCUGUCUUUGUCGAGGCAGAUCGGCUCGAAUUUCUGGAACUUCCGACACGUUGUGGACUGUCAUAGAAAUACAUUACAGUUGGUACCUUCAACUAUGAGUAUUUGAUGGUACAAAUCUAAGCUGAUCCUACUUUAUUUUCCAUGCAUUUCCUGCCGACGUUUCUUGUGGAAUUCAUUCGCCGGAUAAAGGUUCAUCGAUUACGUAUUAUCGAAUUACAUGCUACAUUAUAUACCACCAUGUUCUGUGAUUGUAGUUUCUUUCUCUGUGUCUUUGCAUCGAGUAAGUAUCCUUUCAUUCCUGCACGUUGUUGGGAAAAGGUAAAAUCUUCAAUGAAUGUAAUGUGUGAAACCAUUUUCGAAGCUUCUAGAUUUUCGCAUUCUCUUUCUAAUAAGUGAUACACCGUAAAGUGAAAUCUGAAAAGAAAUACUAUCUGCCUCUGGUUAUAAAUGUAUAUAGAUAGUUUAUACAAAUAACGUUAGCGUCCGUCGAACAUUUCAGAUCAAUUUGUUUUGUAUAAAACUCAAAUAUUUCAAACGAGAGUCAACUGAAAAGUGUCCAUUAACAUUACUUUUGUUAGAAUGAAAGAAUUUGCGAAAGAAGAUAAAUAAUGACGAACGACUGAAUAAAAGGGGAAAAUUGAUUCUAAUUAUUCCUAAUGUUUUACAGCUUUCAAA